AUGGGGAAAGCAGAAUUUGGAACCGCAGCUUUUGUCAGUAAGCAGCUGAAAGCAAGAGGUCUUCAAAAAUUAAAGUUUUACUGUCAGGUAUGUCAGAAACAAUGCCGGGACGAUAAUGGUUUCAAAUCACAUAUACGAUCACCAUCACAUUUGCACAAGAUUUCCACAGUUACUUCGGAAGAUAUAGAUAAAUAUUCUAAGCAAUUUGAAACCAAUUUCCUUAGAUUACUUCGACUAAGCCAUGGUGAAAAGAAAAUUGGCGCAAACAAAUUCUAUAACGAGUUCAUUCAAGAUAAAGAACAUAUACAUAUGAAUGCUACUAGAUUUACUUCCCUGACAAAAUUCAUACAGUAUUUAAGCAAAUCAGGUAAAAUUAAGGUCCAUGGAUUGGAAGAUGUAAGUGAUGACGUUGAUACAGCACAGUUAUUAAUAAGUUAUAUAGAUAAUAGUCAUGAGACAAUGCUUCGAAAUGAAAGAAUAAAACAGUUACAACAAACCAAGUUAAGCGAUCAAAGUAUAAGACAACAAUUACUUCAAGAGCAGAUAGAAAAAGGGAAGAAAUCUAUAAAUGAAGAUAUCAAUGAAAAUGCUGAAGAUAAAGUUAAUGCAAACAUUGAAGUGAAUGCAAAAAUAUCAAUUGAUAUUAAAAGUAAGAUGAAGAAACAUGAAGACAAGAAGAAACAUAUUAAAAAAAACAAAGUGAUCAAAAACGUUUUUAGUAAAAAAUAA